AUGCACAGCGGAGGAUCAUCCUCUAGCAUGGUCGCCCAAGCUGAGAAGGAGUUCGACACAUCCGACAUUCCGAUUUCUCGGAAUCGGAAGCCUAGCAUAUUCGCCUGCACACUGGGUCCUGCCGUCUCAGACAUCGGACGGCGACACACGCAGGACUCGCCAUGGAGACUGUCUCCUACUGUGUAUUUACACGCGGUAACAGUGCCCACAGACGAUGACCUGCAUGCUCUUCUCGGAGCUGCAGAGAUCUCGGAUGUCAAAUUUCACGUGAUUGCUCUACAGGAGACCAAGUGCAGAAGGAGCGACGUACGACAGAUGAAUGACGGUACACUCGUCAUUCGUGGAGAGAAGGUUCCGUCGCGAAAUGUAGGCGGUGUUGGUUGUUUGUUGUGCAUUCAUCUGUCGUCCAUCUUGUCGAUUCUCACGAGUAUCAUCAACUGCUACUCACCAACAUCAGCAGCUGAUGAAUCCGAAUUAGACGCGUUUUACGAAAAGCUGAAGGAAGUGAUUGGCAACGAGAAGUCCUACAAAUUCGUUGUCGGAGACUUCAGCGCAAAAGGGACCGGAAUGAAAAUGGCAAUCGUCUCGCCUGGCUGUUUGUCCGCCUCUCGCCUCUUUCAUAAAAACUCUCUUUUCAUGAAGAAAGAUCAUCGUCGGUGGACAUGGGAAUCGCCCAAUAGCGCGACUCGUGCGGAGAUCGACCACAUACUCACCAACCGGAGGUGGUGUCUACUUGACGUCUCAGUAGUACCAUCCUUUUGUAGUGGUUCUGAUCACCGUCUCCCUUGUGCGAAAAUACGACUUAGCCUCACAAUGGAAAAGAACAUCUGCUAUCGGCAACGAAGGAGAAAAGAAGUCGUCUACGACGUACUCGAGGACUUCCUGUCCCAAGGUGACGAGGAGGACCCAAUCUUGGACUACGAGAUGCUGCUCAGAGGAUUACGAACCUGUGCUGAGCGUGCGUCGAAGCCGCGCACGACAAACUCGGAUCAAACUUCGAAGACUACCAAGAAACUGCAGAAGAAUAUUCUGGAAGUAGCACAAAAAAGAACGAGUCUAAAGAAGUGCCGCAGGGAUCUCCGCGAAUAUCAUAUUUCGCUAGCAGCAUUGCUGAGCGAAGACACCUCCUCUCGUCGUGAGAUGGAAAUCAUUACGGGGAGGUUCUGCUCGAACCUUUUCUGUUCAUCAACUCCUGUGUCAAGCCCGAUCAUUCCCACCGGUGAAGCUCCACCACGGAUUCUCUCUUCGGAAGUCGCUAUGAAGAGCAUGAAACCUGGCACAGCUCACGGACCUGAUUUUAUUAAUGUGUUCGGAAAGUAUCUGCCGAAGUACGGCAAAAUUUCAAAACACAAUUUUCUAACAACACUUUAUUAUUCGACGAAACAAUCUCCAUCAACAUCGACAACCUUCUGCCAAUGUCUCACAAGAUCACGGAUUUCUUUGGCGUAG